AUGAUCACAGGUCGCACCAGUCGCCUGAUCCCCACCGCUGUGCUUUGGAUUUCGCAGCUCUGCUCUUGCGCGGCUACGCCCAUGCCUUACCUGGGAGAACCCUGUGCCCUGCUCUACUAUAACAGCGCGAAGGUUUCCGGUCUGGAAACCUCUUGCGAGUCUGGGUCCGGGGGACACCCAUGGGAGGGCAACCACAACCGGCACGCAGUGUGCUUUGCAACUGCUGCCAACGACCACCAUCAUGCUCGCCUCUAUCGAAUCGGGGAAGCACACAACCCUGGACCAACCUGGCCGCUCCCUCCCACUGAGGAGCUUCUGGCUGUGGGUACCACAAACCCCUCGGGAUUGAACGGCAAGGAGGACCUCCAAAUCCAACAAGGCCCAGGAAUUUGGCAUCUCGCCGAAACACAACUGUCCCAUGUCACGGGACCCAUUGUGCGCAGAAAACUCGCGCAGCUCGGCCGUGCCCAACAGCGGCAGGUCCGAUGCAUUGAGGGUGCUCCUGCUCCGCUCAGAGCGCACUCCCACUGGGCUGGAUCAUGGACUGGAGUGCUCAUCGCUACAGACCUUCCAGCACGACCCCUCACUCUGCCCUGGGACGCCGGCGUCUUUGAGACCGGCAGAGUCACCACGGCCAGGCACAUCUUCGACGGUGUGCCUAUCACUACGACCGCCGUAUACGGCUUCCCACCGGGCCCAACUUACCCGGACGCCCGUGCUCUCACAGAUCGCCUGUUAGCCACCAUCACACGUGAAAUAGUGGUCGGACUCCAAGGAGUCCGGGUUGUGGCUGGAGACUUCAACCACGAUGAGUCUACCCUACCACAAAUCGCCCUCUGGAAGCAACACGGCUGGGUAGAGGCACAGCAGCUUGCCUUGGCCCUUUGGCAGCAACAGCCCCAGCCAACGUGCAAGGGUGCCACCCAACGGGACCUGAUCUUUCUUUCGCCCGAGGCAGCCGCCUUGACACAACGCGUCCGAAUAAAAGACGUUUACAUGGAACACUCCUCGGUCAUCGUCGAUCUGUGGACCAAGGCCCAGCAGCAACAAAUUCGAAGGUGGCGACAACCAGCCGCCAUCCCAUGGGGCUCCAUCAACAUCCCAGGAUGGCACUCCGCUAGCCUUGCCCCCGUCCAUGAACAGGAGACAUCCACUGCGUGGUACCAGCAUUUUGCCUACUCCUUUGAGAACUCCCUCAACGGCUACGUAGAGCUGGACCACAACAAAGACCUGCCUCGCCGCUGCAAAGGGCGUGCCAAGUGGACAGAACCUGAGCAAGUCGACACCGACCGGCUUCUUUGCCCAGGGCACGGCAUUGAGCAGGACUCCUUUGUCACUCACAUCAAUGACAUCCACUCGAGCUCAUCGAGUUGGAACACCUCAACCCGGCUAUCCAACGAAGAGCUUACGAGAAUUGCCAGCUUCGUCCAAGCCUACAUCCCCAAGGGCCACUUCCCAUGUGAGCCCAUCACGGUCUCAAUGUGGGACGACACCCUCAAGAAGUACCGCCCACACGCUGCUAAAGGAGCCGACGGAUUUGCACUCCAGGACCUCCGCCAGAUGCACCCGGGCCACAAGCAGCAGCUUGUCAAAUGGCUCAACAGCCUCGAGGACGGCCAAACCACUUGGCCCAAACAGCUACUUCAGGGCACAGUCAGCUGCAUCGCCAAGACCGCCAACUCCAAAGCAGCAGACAGUUACCGCCCAAUCGUCAUUUACAGCCUGAUCUACCGCACUUGGGCGGCAAUCCGCUCAAAGACCAUCCUCAAGGGCGUCAGCCACUUGAUCCACGACACAGCAUAUGGUUUCAUGCCUGAAAAGGAGGCCAUGCAAUAUGUCUUCGCCAUGCAAGCACUUGUUGAGCUUAGCGCCCAAGCCGACCACUCGGCCGACGGACUUUGCGGAUUCGCAGUCGACCUGCAACGCUGCUUUAACAACCUUCGCAGGGAACCAGUCGCCCUCAUCGCGAAGGCCCUUGGCAUCUCGGACAAGGUCCUCAAUCCCUGGCUUGACUUUUUGCACAACAACCAGCGGCGCUUCGUCGUCCGGGGCAGCCUUCGUCGUCCGGGGCAGCCUCCUCCCCCAUCGGAUCUUCUGUCGGAUUCCCCGAAGGAUGCCCUUUGA